AUAAUAUUGCGAUAUAAAUAAUUGUUAAUAAAUGAAUUUAUUACAUUUAUCGUUGGUUAAAUGAACCAAUCAGUAAAAUCGAAGUAUACGCAUGCGCAUAAUAAUUUCACUCCGUUUGGCACAAGAGAGAACUAUAUAAGUAACUAAAUUUUCCACUAAACGUGAUCGUCUUUGUUUUUAUCAAUACUAUUGUUUAUUAUAUAUAAUAAAACAAAAAAGGAAAAAUAGGAAAUUGUAUUAAAUAUUUAAAAAAAACAUCGUUAUUUUGAUUAAGUGCAUAUUAUGAUAUCAAAAAUUAGUUAUAUUUCAACGAAAAAAGAAGAAAUAUUUGAAAUCUUACAUCACUCAAUCAGAUGCGCGAAUAUUUUGGUUAGAUAUAACAGCUGAUAAUUGUCUUACUUAAAUCAUUCUAAUCAAUUCAUGUGAAAUACAAGAUUGAACACAAUGAAUUUCAAUGAUCUCAUUCACUGGUAUCAAAAGAAAAUUGGUAUGUACGACAAGCAACAGUGGGAAAAAAUAGUGGAACAAAGGAUUCUUGGUGGAUUUAAUAAUAUUCCUAUGAAAACUGCUAAAUUGAAAACUGAAUUUAUCGAUGUUGACUUGGUACGAGGUUCAUCGUUUCCAAAAGCGAAGCCUAAACACGGUUUAUCUACUGUUGCGUGUUUAGCUUUACAACGUUUUUUAUUUCUACCUCUUUACAAAACGUGGUGGACCCAACAAACAAGUAUUAGAGUGUUUGUUUUAUUUUUGUUAUUGUAUAGCUUACAACUUAUCAACGUCUUAUUAUAUUUCUCUUAUGAAGACAGAGAAAAUGAGGCUGAUACAGUUUCAACAUCGGAAGUAUUUAUGCCAAGCGUUAUGAUGUUAAUAUUAUGCUUAGUUCAUUCUCACAUUGUAUCAACGAAUUCCGGGCCUAUGGAAAUCAAUGGUUAUAGCAGACAAAAAGUUCUUAGACGACCCAGACAUGGUAGAUGCAGAAUUAAUAAAUCUAGACAUAGAUCUAAUUUAAAAACCAUCGAUGAUUCUAAAUCAUCACAAGAUACUGCUUCGGAAAAAGCUAGCACCAUAAGCAGAGAGGCACUUAAUUCUGUACGAUUUGCAAAGAAAGUUAUGAUAGAAAAUUCUUUGACACUGAGUCAUUCACAGGAAUUCCUUCCUUCUCUUUCAUCUAGUAAUAAAGAAGCGUUGAAUAUAUCAAUUAAUAAUCCACCUAUUAAUGAAGAUUCUAUAAAUCACAAUCAACCAGAUAAUCAAGCAGAAGAAAAUAUUGAAGAUCCAGAUAUUGUGCAUCUAGACGAUGAUGGUUUUGAAAGUUUAAAUGGGAAUGUAUCGAGUGAUAACGAUAGGACGGUUAAUGUUGAAGAAAGAGAGAGAGAACAAAUGAAAGUAUGUGAUAAUAAAGAAGAAAAUACUUUUCAAUUGGAAGCAUCUAGUAGUCCCAAAGUUUUACUUCAAUCCAAAUUCUCAGCACCUGACCCAUUGAACAAAGGAGGAAACUUUUCCGACAGUGAAGGAGAUGGAUGCAUUCACAUGGAAAGAGAUGAAUCACCGACUGUAUCAGAAAUAAGAGAAGGAAGACGACAAUGUGAAAGUGAGGAGGAAGGUGAAUGCGAGGAUGCUGCAACGAAUCAUUUAACUGAAGCAACAACAUCUGCAACAGAAUGGAUGGGUGUGACGACGAACAGCGAUGAAUGCAGUUAUAGUUCAGAACUGGAAGAAAUAGAUUUGCAUGGUGAAAUCAAUUCGAAUCAUAACGAAUUUAUAGAACAUCCUUUCUCUUGGGAAUUUGGAAUACCUCCUUCCAUUUUAUUAAGUUCCAGUUGUGCUUCAUCCGAUCGUAUUUCCUGUACUAUUUGGACAAGGCGUGAUGUGAAGAAAGCAGAAUUGUCAGUACUUGAUAUUAGUUCUGCUAUUAUAGAAAGAGUAGAAUCAAUGCCGGAAAGUAUGAGUUAUUUUUACGGUGGAUUGAUAUUAAGUAUUGUAUUAUCUUUAGUACCAUCGUUUAGACGAGUAACCGACACUCUUGGAACAGAUACCAAUUGUAAUGUUACCAUUCCUAUUAUACCAGACGAUCUCAGACAAGCUAAUUUAGAAACUUACACUGAUAUUCUAUGUAGAAUAAUUGACAUUGCUUUUGGAGAUACCAUAUUGAAACGUACCAUUAUUCUAAUAUCAGCCUUUGAAAGACUUGCAUUAUCUUGUUUUCUGUUCUUUCUAUUGGCUGUCGCUGAACGGACCUAUAAACAAAGACUAUUGUAUGCUAAAUUGUUUUCACAUUUAACAUCAUCCAGACGUGCCAGGAAAUCUGAUUUACCGCAUUUUCGGUUAAACAAAGUGAGAAAUAUUAAAACAUGGUUAAGCAUCAGAUCUUAUUUGAAGAGAAGAGGACCACAACGUUCUGUCGAUGUUAUAGUAUCUUCAGCUUUUAUUGUAACAUUGUUAUUAUUAUCAUUUAUCAGUUUGGAAUUAAUUAAGGAUCUUGAAAGUUUACAUUCGCAGUACAACGUUGAAGCAUUGUUUUGGAGUUUUUCAUUAGGAAUAUUUAUUUUACGUUUUAUGACACUGGGAACUAAAAUAAAUAAAAAAUAUAGAAAUCUUUCGAUUCUGUUAACCGAACAGAAAAAAUCUAUCUUUCAGAUAAAUCUACAUCUUCAGAUAGAACAGAAACCCCAUAAAAAGGAGGAAUUAAUGGUAGCUAAUAGUGUAUUGAAAUUGGCAGCCGAUUUGAUUAAGGAAUUGGAAAGUCCCUUUAAAAUAUCUGGCCUAUCCGCUAAUCCAUACGUUUAUACCAUUACAAAAGUGGUAUUGUUAUCUGCCCUUUCCGGAGUCCUAUCUGAGUUACUUGGUUUUAAAUUGAAAUUACAUAAAAUUAAAAUAAAGUGAGAUGUGUUAAGUAUUAUCUCACUUAUCUACCUCGAUGUUACAGACUGACUGGUGAAAAUAAUUGCAUGAUGUUUCGGUAUAUCUGUAAAUUUGGAUUUGGAUUUUGAUUUUGUUUUUUAAUUUAUUAGAUGUUU